AUGGCUCAGAUUGUACUCCCGUUUGAGGUCAAACGACUGAUCUGUGACCAUGUCGACCUUCCAACCAUCAAAUCGCUUCGGCUGGUAUCGCACUCCUGGGCAGCUGUUGGAAUGGAGCUACUCUUCCUCCCAACUUUCACUAUAAAGUCCUCUGCAAUCGAUAUCUCCUGUCUGAUUAGAAUUGGCAGCUGCCCAGGCGUUGCUCGCCAAGCUGCGAAAACCAUUCGCACUCUUAGCAUCUGGAGCAAUGACUGGGACGUUAUCUGCCUACGCUCAAUCGUCUGUUCUCGUCAUGUGCAUCUGAGCAACUAUGAAGUACUUGAUUUCGUACCGGAUCAGGAUGAAUCUGAAGCUCUCGAUGAACUCGAUGCUCUGAUUGAGCAGAGGAAACUCGACGAACGUCAAGGCGAGAGUGUUGCACUUCUCACUCAAGCACUCAAACAAGUGCCGCGCCUCCAGAAACUGCAAAUCACAUGCCCGAACCCUUUCAAGCAUCCAAUGUUACGCAAAGUUUGGGAGGAGUACGAUUUGGAAACAUAUCGGCAUCCUUCAUUCAAAGCUGGACCUCUCAGACUCCUCAAUAUCUUCGCCGCUGCAAAAAAAGCUGGACUGGAUAUCAUGCAUUUCCAGCACGAACAGUUCAACUCAAAUUACUUUUCCGGUGAAAAUAACACCAAUCUCGUCCCCUGGGACUUCUCUCACCACACUCCCGCGCUUCGAUCUCUAGACAUUGUCAUCAAUGAUCUUCAGAGCAAUUUCUUCGUCCUCACAAUCGCCUUGAACAAGAAAUCACACAACUAUCACGACCCCCUCAUCUCAAGCCUCAUCUCCCUCCCCCCAACCCUCCAAUCUCUCUCAAUAAGAUACGAGUCCAUCGAUCGCCUGCCCACCAGCCUCCUCACCUCCUCAACCCCAUCACUCACCCUCCACUCCCUCUCCCUCACCGGCAUCAUCCUCUCCCCCACCCCCUUCCUCACCCUCCUCAGCACCUACACCCCUUCCCUCCAGCAACUCAACCUCACGUCCAUCGAGCUGCACCCCUCCAUCACCACCGACGACCCCACCUACGACUGGAAGACCUUCCUCUCCCACCUGCGCGACACCCUCGGAACUCAGCUACAGAAAUUCCAAUUCGCAGGCGUGAUCAAAGCCCCGCUCCCAAACGGAGCAAUCUGGAUGUUCUGGCCGAUCUACAGAACGGAUGGGGAGGGGCGUGACUGGGAGGAAUUACCGCCGCCUGUGAAGCCGACGAGGCAUCCGAAUGCGAGGGAGAGGACGAGGGAGAUGGAGAGGUUUGUGAUUGGCGGUGGGGAGUGGCCCAUGAAGGCGGAGGAUGACAUUUCGAAUUUUGUGACUUGA